UGUUAGAGGAAUUGUUCAAAUUAGGAACAGAGUAUCAAAAUGAUAGAAAAAUAAGGUUUAAAUUGGGUGAAUUAAUAAGAUAUCACAAAACGACUUGCUCCUUUUCAGAGUGCUACUGCUCUUAAAUAUAGUUAGAAAAUUUGAAUGAUAAAAUAAUUUCAAAAUAAAUAAUUUAGUUGAUUGACAGCUUGUUCUAAUAAUUUAUUAGCAAUAUACACAUGAAGAAAAAUCUAAUCUAGCUGGAAUUGUUAUAAUUAAAAUACAUCUCAUUUUAGGCCAGAUUCUGUUAAAAUUCAAUUCAAGCUUAUUAUAAACUCAAAAUGCUUGAAAGAAACAAAACAAAGAGAUCUUUAUUUUUUAAAAAUAUUUCUGAAGCUAUUUCUCAAAGACUUGAAUUAAUGUUAGACCUAGAGUUUCUAUAAAGUAGACAAAUUUAUAAUGCAAAAAAUGAAUAAAAUCAAAAAAAUUUAUCAGUUAAGCCUAUUUUUGAGACAGAAAACAUUAAAGAUGAAUGCUUUUUUUAAAUUUCAAAAUUCCUAGAAGUUAAAAAGAAAUUCUACCAGAAUUUAGGAGCAGGUCAAAUUUCUCUGAAAGAAUGCAGCAUACAGGCAUUCAUAUUAGGAAAGGCGUAUAAAAAUUUAAAGCAUAAAAUUGAUGGUAUUUUUAAUGAAAAGACAAAGAAAUAUUUAUAAUUGUAAACCAAUGUUAUUCUCUUAAAGAUUCUAAGCAUUUUCUUGAGUGUUGUUGACAAAAAACUUUGGAUGGCAUAAAAAUAUGAAGAAAAGGUAAAAGAAAUAAUUGAGAAAAAUUAAUACAAUAGAUUAAAUGUCUCUGAAACUAUAAGUUUUAGCUAAGAGAAUAUGACUGUAGUCGAAGUAAGUCUAGUAAAAAAUAGUGGAAAAGUUAUUUCAAACUAGAAAAAGCUUGGACUCUUCUUAGGAUAUGAAGAAAGAGAUUUAAAUACAAAAGUAUUUAAUUUAAGCGAUAUUAUGCCAAGGAGUAUUUCUCAAAUCCACGAUUAAUUAAUAGAAAACAUGAUUAGAAACGGAGUAAGCUAGUAUUCUAUUUAGAGAUUACAGACUUUUGCUAGUGAUAGCAAUGGCUUUAUUUUCCCUGUGAGUAUUUAAUUUGAUAUUAAUUACAGUGUGGAUGACGAUUUCAAAAUGAUAGCAUCUCUUUUAAAAUAAUCAAAUAAUCAAAAUUAAUUCAUCAUGAUAGACGAAUUCGGUUAAGUUGAAGGUAUGACAUAAUAAAUAUAUAAUUAGGUAUUCAAUUAGUGUAAGAGCAUGCAGCAAAUAUAAAAUAAAUUAAAUCAGAAAUUAUAAGAAUAAGUUAGCUAUUCUCAAUAUAAUCUUUUUCUGAUCUCAUAGAAGAUACUUGAUGAUGUGAUUAAUCACCAAAGAGAAUAAAAUUAGCAUUAAAAUAAUUAGAGCAUUCUUACAAAUAAAUAAGCCUUAUUUAAAUUUACUGGAAGUCUAAGCAAGAUGUAGCAAAAGUUUAACUAAAAAAAGUAAGAGUGGCUUGCCAAAAACAAGAACAACUAAGACACUAAAGAUUUUUUUGAAUCGUUAUUUAAGGAUGAGAAAUAACUAAAUAAUGAGGAAGACCAAGCUUCUUUUGUUAUAAAUUAUAACUUAAAUUAUUAAAAGCUAAGUUUUAUUCAACAAUAAGUGAAGAAGGAAAAAUAAAUUUAUAUUUUAGAAAUAACUCAUUUUUAGAAGUAUGAAAGCUAUUAAUUAAGUUUGGAUAUUAUAUCAGAAUAACAAUAAGAAUUAGAAAAUAAUAAUGUUUAAAUUAACAGUUUAUAAUUUGAAAGUCCUCAUAAAUAGUUUAGUCCAUCUAAAUCACUAAGCCCAUCUAAAUCUCUAAAUCAAACUAAAUCAUAAAGUCCUAAAUUACCUUAAACUCGUGCUAAUUUAAACAAUAAACGCUUUUUCAAAUUUAGAAAGGAAAGUUACUAAAGUCAAUAAGAAGAAACCUAUAGAGAAAAUAUUGAAAAUGUUUUAUUAAAUAAUUAAAAAUUCUAAAUUCCAGAAUUUGAUUUGUUUUCAUAAAAAAAUUUGGAGGAGCUAUAAACUGGGCAAUUUGCUUCUGAAAAUACAUAUAAUUAUCAGUUUGCUUAUGAUUAGAAUUUAAAUUAUUAUGAUUUAUAAAGUCCUUUGAGUAUGUUCUAAAAUACAAAUAAUUUAGCUUAGGAAGAAACAACUAGUAAAAUGAGCUAAACAAAAUCUUAACAAAAUCUAACAAAAGAUCAAACACAGGAUGAAAUAAAUGCAUAAAAAAAGCUAUUAAUCUUUCAAUAAGAUUAAACUGAAUAUGGGUAAUAGCAAAAAUUUAUUUCAGAAUAUAAAUAAACUUCGAAAUCUAAUAUUAAGCAAGUUGUAUUUGAAGAACAAACUACAAAUUCGAACUUGUAAAAAUUUUUCUAAAAGUAAAAUAGUAGUUCUGAACUAAAGUUAGAACUAUAAAAAGCAGAAUAGCUUAACAUGGAAAACCGUUCUAACUAUUCUAUUAACUCUCAGUCAAGAUUAAGCUAAAACAGAAUUUACUAACAAAUUUAAAAUUCUUUCACACAUCAAAUUGAGUACUUUUUGAAUAUUUUGAUUGGCAUCUUCUCUAUCUUAUUUAUUUUAAUUGUUGUCAUUUACUCAAUUGAAGUUUAAAAAGUAUAUGUGGUAAUUAAAGAUAAAAUGAGUUUUUCAAACAAUACCUAGAUAUUAGAUCUAUAUCUAACUCAUACACUUUCAAACGCAAUUACAGUUAAUCUGAAUAAUACUGUUUAUGAUCAAACGUUUAUACCAUUUGAUGGCGAGAAUCUAGUAAGUGACAGCUAAGUUAUCAGAAAAAUCUAUAUUCAAACAUUCAAAAAUUAGUUAAAUUAAAUAGUAAGAGAUAAUGACUUUAUUUAGAGCUAUCUACAAAAAAAAAAUAUAAACAAUUUUAACGAAGUCACUUUCUAAUUGCAAAUAAUGAAUUCAGUUCUUAGUUUAGUUUCAAUAGAUGAUGACUAAGAAAGUAUUGCGAUCGAUUAAAUAAGCUUUUGUUAUUUGAUAGAAAACAUUUAGCUCUAUAAUAUAAUUAGCGAUUUGAGUGUCUAAAUUUACUCAAAGGCUAUUUCUAAAAAUCUGGAUGAUAUUGUAGAUAAUGGAAAAUUAUUUAUAUAUGUUUAUUUAGCCUUGUUUAUUUUAACUUACUUAAGCUGGACUUAUAUCGUUUAUAGAUCUUUUACAAUAAAUAAAAAAGUACUUCUGAUAACAGCUAGAAUUUCUUGGUUAGAGUGCUAAAUAGAGUGCCAAAAAUAUGAAUAUUUUAUUUAACUUUUAGCCCCUUUCAAUGCUACCUAUAUUAAAGAGAACUUUGUUGACUACACCAAAUAUAAUCCUAAAAAAAUCCUUGAAAAAAUUAAAAAUAUAAAACAAACAAAGAAAGGAAAUCAAUAAAAUUUGGUUUCAUCUUCCUUUUAAGAUUAAAAUAUGUUUAGAUGGAGAUACUUUUUGCUUUCUUUUAUAGCUUCAGCGAUUGGAUUUGUCAUUUUUUGUAUAUCUAUUUUAGUGCUAAAUGGUUCUUGGAAAUAAUUUAAGGACUCAUCUAAUUUAUUUAAUCUUAUUAUUCAACAACAGUAAGCAUACUCUAAAAUUCUGCUUUAUCCAGAUAUGCUUUCAUCUAAUUCUAUACUAUCUUAAUAAGUAUAAAAUUAUCCAAAUAUAGAUCUAGCUGGUAUUUAUCAGGAUUAUAAGACUGCCAAUUCGUUUAUCUCUAAUAGUAUCUCAUAAUUUACUUCAAGCAUAUAAAGUACAGAGUCUCUAUCAGGCAGUUAUUUAACAAACAUAAGAUAAAUAUUUGAAUAAAAUAUUUGCUAUGAAAUAUAAGAUUUAUUUGAUUUUUGUGCAAAUCUUUCAAACACAACAUCAUCACAAUCCACACUUGUAGGAUUAGGAGCUUAUAUUUAAUAAGAUUUAUAAUUCCUUUCUACUUUUGAUGAUUUAUUUUCUCAAUCUGUAAAUUAAUAAUUAUAAUAAUAACAGAUAUUGUAGUUUUUUAAUAAUAACGAGCAUGUUUAAUUAAUAAGAGAAGGAUUCUAUUUAAUUUAAUAAUCUUUGACUACUAUUAAAAAUAUUGUUUAUUCAUCCAAUUAAGACAUUUUAAAUUAUUAUUCAUAAAUUUUCACAAUCGUAAUUUGCAUCAUCAGCUUUGCCAGUAUUUUGAUUUGGAUGGCUCUUUCUUUCUAUUUGAAAUCUAAAAUUAUCUUUGAUUCUGAAAGUAUAUUAUUUUCUCUAACAUGCGUUCCUCAUUCAAAGCUUUAAGAAGACAUAACUAUAAAUAUGAUAAAAAAUCUAAAUAAACUAUGAAAGAAGUGAUGAUUUUGCUAAAAAUAAACUUAUUCCAUCAAAAUUCUAAUUGUGAAAGAAAUAAAAUUACACUUUAUUCAAUUAAUAUUCUGAACAAAUUCAAAUUUAAUCUCAAAUUAAAUAUUUAUUUUUUGUAUGAAAGUAAAAUAAAUUAAAAUUUAAUUCUUUUAAUAAGCUACAAA